GGCGGCCCCGACGGCGGGUCGGUGGCGGGGGGCGGCGAGGCUUUCGGGGACCGCUCCCUCAGCCAGGGCUUGAGCGUGCUGGUGGGGCUGGCGCUCUGCGUGACCAUGCUGGGGCUGGGCUGCGCCGUGGAGCUGGGGCAGCUGGGGCAGCAGCUGCGGCGGCCCGUGGGGCUGCUGCUGGCGCUGCUGGGGCAGUUCGUGGCCAUGCCGCUGCUGGCCUUCCUCCUGGCCCUCAUCUUCGCCCUGGACGAGGUGGCGGCCGUGGCUGUGCUGCUGUGCGGCUGCUGCCCCGGGGGCAACCUCUCCAACCUCAUGUCGGUGCUCGUCGACGGGGACAUGAACCUCAGCAUUAUCAUGACGGCCUCGUCCACGCUGCUGGCCCUCUUCCUGAUGCCCCUCUGCCUCUGGGUCUACAGCCGCCACUGGAUCAACACGGCCCUGGUGCAGCUGCUGCCCCUGGGGGCGGUGAGCCUGACGCUGGGCAGCACCCUGCUGCCCAUCGGCCUGGGGGUGCUCAUCCGAUACCGGCACCCCCGCGCCGCCGACCUCCUGGUUAAGAUUUCCUUGUGGUCCCUCUUGGUGACUCUGGUGAUCCUGUUCAUCCUGACUGGGACCAUGCUGGGCCCAGAUCUGAUAGCACAUAUUCCUGCAUCUGUCUACGCCAUUGCGGUGCUGAUGCCUCUAGCGGGAUACGCCUUGGGAUACGGCUUAGCCACCGUCUUUAAAAUGCCCCCACACUGCAGGAGAACAGUGUCUUUGGAAACAGGGUGCCAAAACGUCCAGCUCUGCACCGCCAUCCUAAAACUCACCUUCCCCCCAGAGCUCAUAGGGAGCAUGUACAUGUUUCCCUUGCUUUACGCGCUUUUUCAGUCGGCAGAAGCGGGACUCUUUGUGCUGGUAUACAAGAUGUGUGGAAAAGAGAGCUACAAACAAGAUACGCUCGGUGAAGAGGAAGACACGGAUAUUUCCUACAAGAAACUGAAGGAAGAGGAGGUGGCCGAUACUUCGUACGGCACAGUGACCUCGGAGGAGCACAACUCCAUUCAGAUGGAGGUGACCCAGACGGCGCUUUAGGCGAGAUAAGGAGGCGACACCCGGGAGUGAGCAAUGUGUGUCGUGCUUGCAACCGGGCUGGGGCUGUGCUCGCCGCGGCGCAAGCGGAGCUGCCCGGUCUCCAUCGUUUCUCCAGCUGCUCCCAUUGUGCAAGGUGAUGUGUUGUUUAUUACCGUGACAGUUGUGUUUCCUCAAAAAUAAAUAUGAAACAAAUUUCAACAACAAAGGAAAAAGUAUCACUGCGACGCAAACCAGUAACCGUACGUCUUCGCGCAAGGAGGUUCCUGCCCGCCUGAGUGCAGCAGGAGUGGGUAGGAGGAAGGAGCCGAGCGUUUGGCAGAGGCGAAGCCAACGCGGCGCCAGUGCGGACGGACGGGCACAGCACCUUGCGCGCGAGCAUCUCCGUGCCUCCCACCCGCUGUAAAAGCAUUUUGUGCUCG